CCGUGCGCCGUGCCGUUCGCUGUCCUCACCGCCGAACCGCCAUCUCCACCGCCGAGUUCUCAAAGCGCCGCUGCCAUCCCCAAGCCACCGUCACUGCCUCUUGCCACCGCUUGCUUGGCUGUCCGGGCCAUUGUUGCUUCGAACCGCCACCACCACCGCCCGAAUCGAGCCAUCCCCCCUUUGACCGUGAGCUUCGAGAGUUGCCGCCGCCGUGGUCAAGCCUCCGUUUGAGCCGCAAGCGUCGUGUUCUCGACGCCAUCGCGCCGCCGUCGCUGCGGGCUCGCCGUCGCCGGAAAUCGUGUGGUGUCGUGUGGUCAGUACAGGAUAAAGACGAAAGAUGAGAGCAUCAAUGUGGUGGCAGCUGUUGCUAUUGGCGAUCGCGUUGGUGAGCUCGUGCGCGGCGUCGCGCGUUGAGGCCGAGGCGACGAUCGAGCUGCCGCCGCCACUGCAGUGGCAUUUCUACCAGAACUCAUGCCCCGACGUCGAGAGGUAUGUGAGGGACCAGGUCGAGUUCUACUGGAAGCAGGACAGCACCCUCGCGGUCAAGCUCAUCCAACUUCUCUACACUGACUGCUUCAUCAAGGGAUGCGAUGCGUCGAUUCUCUUGGACGGGCCAGACACAGAGAAAACAGCACCACAAAAUGCACCGAUCCUAGGUUUUCCUCUUGAGGUGAUUGACAAGGUCAAGGAAGUUCUGGAACAGCACUGUCCCGGGUUGUCUCUUGCGCCGACAUUAUCAACCUUGCCGCUAGAGAUGCUGUCGUCUUGGCGGGAGGAGUGUCGUACCCCGUUCCGACGGGGAGGAGGGACGGAAAUUCGUCCAGUGCGAAGUUGGUGGACAUCGCAGUGCACGCCACCCCGUGGGAAAAGGUGAUCCAUUACUUCGAAGUAAGGGGCAUGAAUGUGUUCGACGUCACUACUCUACUUGGGGGCCAUACACUGGGCAGGACCAGAUGCAAGUUCAUCGCAGAAAGACUGUAUGAUUUCAACAACACUGGCAAGCCAGACCAAAGCAUGGACCCAUCCUUCUUGGCCGAAUUGAGGGUGCAAUGCCCGCCCAACUCAACGAAUUCAGUGUACCUUAACCCUGACUCAGGCUCGAGUAACAGGUUCGGCAAAACCUUCUACUCCAGGGUCCUGAACCACCGGGCCGUCCUCAGCAUCGACCAGCAGAUCGCCGACCGUGAGGAGAGCCUCCAGAUUGCCCGGCGGUACGAUGCCAAUUUUGAGGACUUCCUGAAGAUGUUCGGCUAUGCUAUGACCAAGCUGGGGAACACCUGGCUCCUGCCAGGGGAUCAGGGUGAGAUUCGCAAGAAUUGCCGAGUCGUGAACAGGAAAUAAAUCCUGCGGCUUGGUGCCGGCUUGAGCCGUGAAACAACGAUUUAUGACUGGCGACGUAAAUUUAAUCAUAUGUACACACAUGCCCAGAUCAGGUAAAUCUACUUUCCCUUUCGCGUGAUGAACAAAAAAUGCGUCUGGCAAACCAUUAUAGGUUUAGCUACAAAGAAAACUUGAAUGGCCAAGGAAUUUCACUUGCUACCAUCUUUCCUGUCUAAGACUUGCAAAUCUUUGCCCAAAGAUGCUCCAUUUUGAGUUUAAACAGUAUGGUAAAUGAGCUAUUGACUCUUGA